AUGAAAAAAAAAAAUUAUGUUCCAAUUGAUACAAGUAAAGUAAAGUUUGUUGAAGGAUCUGAAUCAGAGGAUAUUGAAAUAGAAGAAGAAAAUUAUAGUGAUAUUAACAACGAAAUAUAUGAUGAAAAUUUAAUAAGUGAUAGUAACGACGAAUCAAUUAAUGAUAUCAAUAAAAAAUCGAAAGGAAAAAAAAAAAAAAAAAAGUUAUCAAAUGAUGAGGAAAGCCAAGAAGAUGAUUUCGAUGAUGAAAAUGAAGACGAAGAUUUAAAUGAUGACGAUGAAACAGAAAAUGAAAAUAUAGAAAAUAAAGAAGACGAAAAUUUUAUAAAAGUAUCUUGGAAAAAAGAUAAAAAAAAUUAUUAUCAAUAUGAAAGCGAUAAUUCUUCAAGCGAUGAUGAUGAAGAAAAUAACGAUGAAAGAAUGAAAGAAGUUAUUUAUUUAAAUAAAAAAGAAAAGGAAAAUUUAAAUGAAAAUGAUUUUGAUCUAUACAAUAUAUAUAUGAAUGAAAAAGAUGGAAUUUUCUCAAAAAAUAAAGAUAGUGAAAUAGGUAUUGAUGAAAAAGAAAAUACUAUUAAAAAACUAAUCAAUAAUAUGGCAAAUGAAUUAAAAGAAAAGAAAAAAGAAAUAAAUAUAGAUGAAAAAGACAAAAAGGAAAUUGAAGAAAUUAUAAUGAGUGAACAUCAAGAAUAUCAAAUUAUUUUAAAAGAAUUAUCUCUAAAUAUUGAAAAAGUUUUUAAUGAAAUUAAUGAAAAUCAAAAAUUAUUUCAAUUUAAAAAUAUUAAUGAAAAUGAUGUUAGUCCAUCGGAUAUUAAUAAAAACACCUUACUUUAUCUUAAAAAAAAAAAUGAAACAAUGCUUACAUAUAUUAUAUAUAUUACCUAUUAUGUUUUUUUAAAAGUUAUGAAUUGUUAUAGUCAUAAUCAUCCCGUCUUAGAUAAAUUAAUAUACAUUAACACAAUCAUUUCAAAAACAAAUGAAUUAGAUAAUAAAAUUAAAUUCAAAAUACAACAACUUAAUAAGCUUCCAAAGCGGCAAUUGCAUGAGUUAGAUAUAAGCAACUCAGACGAUCAAACACAAGCAACAAAUAUGAAGAAAACCGCAACUGGAGCCAAAAAAAUAGGAAAAAAAAAUGCUGAUAAUGAGGAUGAUGAAUAUGAGGAAGAAGAGGAUGAGGAUGAGGAGGAUGAGGAUGAGGAUGAGGAGGAUGAGGAGGAUGAGGAUGAGGAUGAGGAGGAUGAGGAGGAUGAGGAGGAUGAGGAAGAUGAAGAAGACAAGGAGGAAGAGGAAAUUGAGGAGGAUAGAAAUAAAAAUAACAAAAACAAAAAAUAUAAAAUUAGCAAAAGCAUUAUAACAGAAUAUACUGACAGCCAUAUAAGGGAAAAAAUGAAAGAAGAAAAAAAAAAGCAAAGAGAAAAAAUAAAAAAUGAGAGAAGCAUAUUUUUAAAGGAAAUAAAAGACAUGGUAUCAAAUAAGCCCGAAAAAAUCAAAGAAGAAAAUUACUUAAAAAAAUUGGAAGAAAAAUUCACAGAUUUCGAUGAUAAAAUUUUAAGGAAAAAAAUGAAAAUGAUGAGCAAAAAGAAAAAUCGAAUGAAUAAUUUAAGUAAUGUUGGUAUGACAUCAAAUGAUUUAUUGAAGUUUGUAGAAUUACCUGAAAUGAGCAACGAAAAUGAUAAUACAAGCUUUCAUGAAAAUAAAAUAUUUAGGAAUAAUAUUAAUAAAAUAAAACAAAAGAAUAAAAACAAAUUAAUGAAUAAUAAUGCAAAUGAUGAUUUUGUAUCUUUUAAAAAGUUUAAUAAGGUUCAAAAUAAGAAUGAUUCUUACGACAAUAAAGAAAAAAAUGCAUUGAAUAAUUAUUCAUUUGGAAAAAAUAUGCAUAAUGAAAUCGAUGAUGAGAAUAUUAAAAACAUGCUAAAGUUUAAAAAAAAUAGAAAAGAGCAAAGAAAAACGAUUAUGGAUAAAAAAAAUAAAGAAAUAAGAAAACAACUAGUUGAUCAAGAAAAUGAAGUAAAUGAUAGGAGAAUGCCAAAUAAAAAUAUUAUACAAAACAAAGGUUUAGUAAGAAAAAGAAAAUCAACUGAUGGUAAUGCAAGAGUUCAUAAUAAACUUAAGUAUAUGAAAAAAAUGAAGACAUAUAAUAGUCAACACCCUAAAUUUAAGACCCACGAUAAUAACUAUGAUGGAGUAAAGAAAGGAAUAAACCCAUACUUAAAAAAAUCUAUAGAUAUAAAGUAA